GCAUUUUCCGACUGCAGUAGUCUCUCCGGUAGUCGCUGCUGUCGCAGUUACUAAGUGAAGAGUACAAAAAAAAGUUAGGACUAUCUGUUCACUGGAAUUAGGUGAGAUUAGGAAAAGAAGAAUGCCAUAUCUGAAGCAGGUUUUUAUUUUAGCCGUUAUGCGGUGGUUUGUGUGGUGUGAGACAGAAGCAGCACAAAGCCGGAAAAUGUAUUGCACGUUUAAGGAGAAGACCUACAGCCCAGGAGACAGCUGGCAUCCUUAUCUAGAGCCGUUUGGGUUCAUGUUCUGCAUGCGCUGUGCUUGCGCUGAAUCUGGCCAUGUGAAAUGUAACCCCAUCAAAUGCCCCACUCUGCGCUGUGACAAUCCAGUGACCGACUCACAGCAGUGCUGCCCACGCUGUGCAGAUGAACAGAGGCCCCCUGCGGGUUUGAGGGCUCCCGUUAAAACCUGUCGCUACAAUGGGACCACAUACCAAAUGGGCGAGACCUUCACUAAUCACGAUCUGUUCCCAUCCCGACAGUCCAACCAGUGUGUUAUGUGCACAUGCUCUGGUGGAAAUAUUUUUUGUGCACUGAAAACCUGUCAACCCAUCACAUGCUCUUCACCCAUCUCUGUUCCAGAUACAUGCUGCUUUGUUUGCAAAGAGGGUCCACCUGACAAUUCGCAUGACGAUGGAGGGCAGCAACUGAACCGAGGAGUAAGGCAUUCUGUAGAUCAGUGCACAGGAGAGCAGGUGAAGAACCGGGUCACACGAGUUACACCGGCCGCACUCAGAGGCUCACCGAGAGGCCUUAACCUACAAACACUGCAGCUUAAAGGAGCGGCUGAUACCACAGUGAAGAUCCUCUUACAGCGCAAACACCAGAGAGCUUGCAUGUACAGUGGGAAGACCUACUCCCAUGGUGACGUGUGGCACCCUGUGCUGGGGAAGGUUCUGGAGUGCAUCCUGUGCACCUGCAGAGAUGGCCUUCAGGAGUGCAAACGCCUCACCUGCCCCAACCAGUACCCAUGCAAACACCCCAUGAAGAUAGAAGGAAAAUGCUGUAAAAUUUGCCCAGAGAGUAAGACUGAGAAUAAUAGGACAGAGUGUUAUCUGGGACAGGACAAUAACAGUCUUCUGGUGUAUAAAGUCGAAUCUUCAUCUGCUGCUCAUGAGGAAGACACAGUGCGAAAAAUCGCCAUUGAGAGACAAGGAGCCACAGAGGUUGAGGUGCAAGUAUGGAAAACAGUAGACGGGGUACUUCAUUUGAUGGAAACCGGUGAUGUUCAAAAAAAGGACCUUAUAGAGCAUCCAGAGAAUUAUAUUCUACUGACUACAUUAGAUGAGGAUGCUUGGAGAAAGUUCAAAGAGGAAGAAGACAAAGAGAAAGACAUCAGUAGGAACAGGACGUGUGAAGAUGGCAUUAAAGAGGUAGUGAAGUACUUAAACCCUGAUCAGCUGGACAUUCUUUGCACGUCUUAGUCCUCCGAGUGUCCUCUCUGGUCUGGAACAGCAUAUCAGCUCAGCGUCCAACACUUCUUUUAUUAUCAGAACACAAAACAGAACACACACAAUGUGUUUUAGUGGAAAAACAGAGACCGGCAGAAGAACUUUGCUGUCCCAUAUGAGAUGUAGCUUUUGUAGAGGCCUUGAACUGGAGUGAAGUCAAUAGUGUCGUUUUGUCAAAAUACAGAAGGGAACGUAAACACAUACAGAUGUCUCAGUUCUGAAGCAAGAAAGGGAAGUAUGGAAAUAUUGCUUUUUAUUAAGGAAAAACUUGUGGAUGUGAUUCAAACAAAGUAAUCACUGUAUUUGUACAGUAAUUAAAGAGAAGUAUAAGUAGGAAUGUAAGCAGAUUAUUGGCCAGGAUGCUUUUAUAAAGUUGAUGUAGGCCACAUUUUUUUUUAUCAUUGUCAUUAGUUAUACACCCAUUAAAUAAUUUUAAUACUAAAAAGAAUCUUAAUAUUUAUUGUAAUGAAGAAGAGAUGUCAUUUUUGACUGGGGAAAAAAUGGAUUAAGGAAUGGUCAAUAAGAACAUUAUGUCUGUAUUCACAGAACAUUUUAUACCAUGGUAGAGAAAUUAAAUGUGAGAACCUCUGACCAGAGGCAAGUGUUCUUACAUAAGCUGUUCUGGCUGGACAAUGAGCCAUUGAAGGCACUUUAGGAUUUUUAGGAUUUAUGGCUCUUACUUGCGCUACUCUAAAAUUUUGGCAUGUGCUACAGUGUUAAAGUUUGUUUUCUCAAGGGUUGUGGUAGUCUAACAGCAUGAGUGCAACAAGAGAGCUCUGUUAAUUUGAUAUAAAUGUAGGUCAGAAUUUUCCAAGAAUACAGAACAGGACAGGCCUUGUUAAGACAUAUGGCUGUCUUAUUUUAACCAUGCAAUCAUUAAUAAAUCUAGUAUUUGUCAAGUUUACCAAAAGACCAGACUUUUAGCAUCUGUUGUGGCAUAUUACAGUACAGUGCAGUUUUCAUGGCAGAGGCAACUGACAUGAUUUCAAUAACAAAUUCCCAGAGGAUUGUUAGUUUAAUGGAGAUGGUGUUCUGUAGCCAAACUGAGGUUUGGUGAGGACGUGGCCUGUCAGCUGGUUGUCAACAGCCUUGUUCGGGUCACCAGGUGGAGGAUAAUCCAUGCUUGUUCACAGCAAACUGGGCCUGGCCACGGACCCAGACUCGAGAAGUUCAAAGAGUAAUAUCCACUUUCCCUUUUCUCUGAACCCCAAAAGCCCACUUUCCCCUCCUUCCCCAAGCACAAUGAGUCAUUGUCCUGGACUCACACAUAGUGCCAGACAGCGCUGCUCAUCUCUCACUGAAGGCCUGACAAAAUGUUUUGCAACAGAAGCCCCUCAGUUGAAGACCUUAAUGGCCACACAAUGAAGCUGUGAAUUAUUUUUGCUGGCUGUUGGAUCUGGCACUUUCUGGCAAUUUGUUCUCUCCAGAGUUACGAAGAGGCAGACUGUGUUCCAGGGGCAGCUGGUAUAAAUAGGCUAGCAGGGCUAAGCACCCCCAAGACCCCACCGAUUGUGUAUAAUAAUGAAUAAAUAAAUAAAAACAAGACAUCAAUUUAAAGUUU